CUUGCGGUUUCCCCGGACCGCGCCCGGCGACCUUCUGGGGAGGCUCAGAGGCGCCCGCUGGCUGCCCUUCCUGCGUCCCCGCACCCCGCGAUGCGUCCUGUUGGCCUCAGGCUCCGGUCCUGGGCAGGAAGGCCGAGCUGACAGGAUCCAGGGGGGCGCAGAAGGGACCCCAGGGGCUCAUAGACCAUCCGCUCAGUGGACACGGCACCGCAAGAGGGCGAGGCGCGCUAGACACCGGGACCGUGCGCCCCGGGCCCCAGACCACCUUGAGAUGAAGGACUGAGCCACAGGGUGCUGCUUUCAUAUUGGAAAAUGGAUGGUUCAGAGGCAGAUUUCAACCUGAAAGUUGUCCUGGCCAGUUUUAAGCAGUGUUUCAACGAGAAGGAGGAGGUACUGCUGGACCACUACAUCACCAGCUGGAAGGGACUGGUCAGGUUUUUGAACAGCCUGGGCACGGUCUUCUCAUUCAUUUCCAAGGACGUAGUCUCAAAGCUGCACAUCAUAGAGCACCUGAGGAGCAGCCCUCAGUGUGAGCACUACAUGAGCCUGCAGUCCAUGGUGGCCUACGAGGUGGGAAAUGGGCUGGUAGACCUGGAUCGUCGCUCCCGCCACCCUGACUCAGGCUGCCGAACCAUGCUGCGCCUGCACCGGGCUCUGCACUGGCUGCAGCUGUUCCUGGAAGGCUUGCGCACUAGCCCUGAGGAUGCACGCACCUCCACACUCUGCGUUGACUCCUACAAUGCCUCGCUGGCUGCCUACCACCCGUGGAUUGUGCGACAAGCUGUCACAGUAGCCUUCUGCACCCUGCCCUCACGCAAGGCCUUUCUUGAAGCCAUGAACAUGGGGUCCCCUAAGGAGGCUGUGGAGAUGCUAGGCGAGGCCCUGCCCUUUAUCAAGCAAGUGUAUGACAUUUCCCAGAGGCUCUAUGCUGAGCACUCCCUGCUGAACCUGCCCUAGCAGCCAGCACCCAGGGUCAGUGGCUCCCCGCUGCAGGGCUUGGGCAGGCCAAGGCCUCCACUCUACACACAGCUUUUUGGGUGCCACUGUCACCCCAGUGAGCUGAGCUUGCUGGAAGCCAUGGGCAAACAGGAAAUGCAGGCUUGUGGCCCUCUGAGCCAUAGCCUAACCCUCAGCCUCAGUUACACACAUGCUCAGUUCCGGCCUUACUGAGGUACAGACAGCAGAUCAGGCAGGACAGCAGCAGCCAGAGGGUUUGUCCCAUCCAUGUUUGUGAAAGGCAUAUGGUCACAAGUCCCUUGGACACAGAGGCUUUGUCUUCCUCCAGCCAAGUGUUUAGUUUUGCAUGCCUGUCACAGAGCCAGGACGCGAUAGAAACGGUGUCUGUGUCAGGCAGGCAGCCUCAGUCCUCUCUAUACCCUGGCUGGAAUCUGGGCAUGGUGAGCUUUCUUGCCCUUCACCUCAUUGGCCUCACACAGAACAGGCCAGCAGUUUUCUGUCCAAGGGCCCUAGAAAGUCCUGGGAAGCCCUCCAGAGCCACUGCAAGCAUCAGCUCCUACAGGGCUUGUUACAAGGCACUUGCGCUCAGCCUGAGGUCCUGGGAGCCCAACACCCCGGGUGGAGCCAGGCCUCAUCCUCCCUGGCAGCACCCCACAAGAUGCCACACUUCUUCCCCUGCCCUACUGCCCCGCCCCCACGUGCUCAGCACGUCCUGGUGGGGCAUGGUGUGGGAAAGUGGCCAGCCCUCACUACCAGCAGCCACCACCCAGCGCUUGGGGACCUGGCCUCUCCGCCUGGACCUAGGACAGACCACGAAACAGUGCCUACAGGGAAGCGGAUGCAUCAAUGUCAGCUUGCAGAAUUUGCCUGCUACCCGAUGCAUGUGGUAAUUUUCAGCAUAAUAAAAUUACACUUACAGGA